UUUGAGGAACAGAUUCGGCCGGGUUGACUUCCUCGCCGGGGAGAGAGAAACUAAAGCCGGAGACAACAUGACCAGCAACCCGAGUGACCACGGGGCUGCGGAGGCCAGAGGGGAGGAAAGCGAGUCGAGCUCUCCGGCUCGGGCUUCGGCCAGAUGGGGUCCUCAACACGCCGGCGCUCGGGAGCUCGCGAAUUUAUACUCACCAGGUAAAAGGUGUCAGGAAUGGAUCAGUGUUAUUCUCUGUUUCACGCUCAUGGCCUUUAAUUUCUUUUACCUCCUCGCCCACUUCCACCUGGGCCAUGUCUGGUACAUCCUUCUGGGAAUUGUGGCAGGAAUUCUUACUGCAGAUUUUGCCUCUGGGCUGGUUCACUGGGGGGCUGACACGUGGGGGUCUGUGGAUCUGCCCAUCAUUGGAAAGGCAUUCAUCCGUCCAUUUCGAGAACAUCAUAUAGAUCCAACAGCCAUCACACGGCAUGAUUUUAUAGAGACAAACGGUGAUAACUGCAUGUUGACGAUUAUUCCCCUGGCUCAUAUGGCCUACAACUUCCACACUUUAACACCAGCGGAGAUUUAUCAUAUCUUCCCCUUAUAUUGCUAUUUGUAUUCUUUGGGCAUUUUUGUGACCCUGACCAAUCAAAUCCAUAAGUGGUCUCACACUUAUUUUGGGCUGCCACGCUGGGUCACUUUCUUGCAGGAUUGCCACAUCAUCCUCCCUCGCAAACACCACAGAGUUCAUCAUGUGGCACCUCACGAGACCUAUUUCUGCAUUACUACAGGCUGGUUGAACUACCCACUGGAGAAGAUUGGCUUCUGGAGGAAUCUGGAGGACAUCAUCCAGAGCCUGACAGGAGAGAAGCCCAGAUCAGAUGACUUGAAAUGGGCCCAGAAAUCCGAGUGAUGUUCCUCUGGUGCCAGCAUCCCUCUCCUACCUCAUACCUCCGCACAGAGGUCCAGCCUUCAUCUCCUCUUCAUUCAGCUCCUCAGCAUUGACCAGGCGGUUGGAAUGAUAAGAACUGUAUGAUGCUGAUAACUCAAAAGCUUCCAGCCCCACAGAGAGAAGAAGGAGGACGGAAUUGGAGAGUGUGAUUGCAAGCAAUACUUCUCUGCACUUCUCAUCCAGGAACAGAUGUCAAAUCUGUCUUUAUACUCACCAGUUUUUCCCCCUUUUCCUGCACAAAAAAGCCAUUUUACCUCUGCCGUGGGGUAUUAAGCAUCCUAAAGUUCCCAGUUGACAAACUUGAAUCCCGAAGCAAAAAAAAAUUCCACGUUUUUUUGAGCUGCAGUUUAAACAAAUGCCUUUAAAAAAAAAAAAAAAAAAAGAUUAAAAAAAAAAAAAAAAAAGGGAAACCAAGACCUGCUCACUGAUUUCUGCCGACUGAGUAGUCUGAUUGACUGUAGGACGGCUCCUCUCUGAACAUUUCAGUCUGCAAGAAGAAAAAAAAAAAAAAAAAAACAUCUCUUUCCUGGCCCAUCUCUUUUUACUGACAUCAUGUCUCAUUAUAACUGAGGGCUGGAACCGGUGUCUUCACCUGUUGCUGAUGUCUGAACAGACAAAGCCGAUGAAUAUGCAGUCUUUCCUCAGUUCGCCUUACUUAUGCAGUACAUGCAGCAGAGAGUUCAAGCUGGUCUCUCUCUCUCUCUCACACACACACACACCGCUCCAUGUUUUAUACCUUACACUCCUCAAUUUGCACCUUACACUCCACAUGUACUCCAUAUAAAAUCUUAGGGUUAUGCCUAUGAAUGAUACACACUCUUUGUUACAGUAUGUUUUUCUACAUUGUUUCACAUUUAUAUCAUUUUUUUUUUCUUUUCUUUGCACAGCCAUAUUCUUUCUCAUUAAUAUUCUACCUUCAUAGGUGCUCUCAAGAUAGCCAAACACACAAAAAUGACCUAUUUGUAAUGGUUGUGCUCUAAACUGAAUUUUCAGGGGGAGUUUUAAGAGCUAAACAGGUCCGAAAUCUAAUUACAAUUUAGAUGCAUAGAAAAGAUUUGUGUAGGCUUGUUUAUAUUAUCUUUGUUUUCUUGUCUUAAAUGAUCAGUUAAACACAGUCGAGCAUGUCUGCUCAGUUGGAUGAACUUGUGCUAUUAGUCCCCCCCAUUAGCUCAUGGCCCUUGUGAAUGACAGAAGCUCAUAGGUCAGUUUGAGGAUGUUAUGCUGCUCCCAAGAACAUUGUAACACUUCCAUCAGCUGCAUAUACUAUUUAACUGACAUGCACUCAUACAGCUAGUUGUAAAGCCAACUUGUAAUGGCUUUCUGACUACAGAAUAUGUACAAACCGACCAAAAGAAUAUUUAUCAUUAACAUAUUGUAGUUUUUGAAUAAUGUUAAUAUCAAACAGCGCUUAGUUACUGAACUAGUCACUCGCCUUAUUUCACUUGUUUGAGCUCAGUAUGUGUUGGGACUGUAAGCUAUGUGUAUAUUCUCUGCACAAAAUUAAGUUUUCUGAUAGUUUACUACUUGCCAUGAACAGAUGACUUAGCUUUGCUAAUUUUAAGAAAAAGUAGGAUAGAGUUUUUUUUGGUUUUGUUUUUUUGUGGAGAAGUAUAUAAAUUGAAUUAGCAAGUGCUGGUCAGAUUUCCUACUUACAACAGCACUCUAAAGUUAUUACUUGAAAUUAUGAAUAUCUAUAUAUGAUCUAAUUAGUUACGUGUCUAGAAGGAAUAGCUAUCUAAAUGAUGUAUUAUUUAUAUAUAAAAAUACAAUCACUUUUUUGUCCAAAGGUGUUUUAUUUGAACCAUUUUCUUUGUUUGAUCUUCAUCAGCUGUUCAUCUUGUCCUCCUGUACUUCAACAGAGUACAGGUGAUCUAUUGAAUAAUUCUCCAUUUAGACCUUUUCUGAUUUUUGUUCUUUAUGAAUCAAAUAUGAAAACUUCUAGUAAAAUGAAAAGCAAACAAACAUGUGAUCUGGGCAUAGGGUGCUUCCUGUGAAUGAAAUGUUCAAUCAUAAGCCGGGAUGCCAAAUAUUUUAAAGCUCAAGUCUUUUGAAUGAUAUUUUUUUUUUUGUUAUUGUUCAGUAUAGAGACAUAUUUAAUUAGUUCUGUUGGAUACGUGAUGGUCAAUACUUAGAUCUGGUAGAUCUGGUAAUUAUAAAGGUGUCAAAUUACACUGAGCAUAAGAACAACUGCCAGGAUUUGAUUUGUUUUCUUUAAGAUAAUUAUUUGUUAAAUGUGCACAUUUUCAGACCUUUUUUUUUUUUUACGGUGUUAAUUUGUAGUAUUCUUUUCAAUAUUGGUUUGUAAAUUAAGGUUUCAGCAUGGUGUUUUCAUUAUUUGUUACUGAUUUGAGAUGAUUUAACUUGAUUGGCAUGUUGUAGUCUGAUUAGACUGGUGUUCAUUUUAGCCAGGGAGAUCUCAAUGGGAUAAAUGCAUAAUAUAUUUUUAAUCACAUAAGUACUUCUAGCUUACAGUAGAAAGGAAAAUUUGCACAGAAAUUCCAGGAACUGGAACUGUUUUGUUUAUGUAAUCAUGCAUUCAUGUUGGUGCCCAUGUUAAAAUCCACACUAAUUUAAUAAUACUGGAUGAAACGUAUCCACUUAGUUUUGCUUGUGCAGCUUUUUAAUAAGAUAUUAAAGGGCCGUUCCAUCAGUGCUGAACUUCUAUCUUACUGACGCAGAUGUUUUGAGACAUGUUCAUGUUUGGGCUGUAAUCUUCUAUCAACAAUUUGGAAAAAAACUAUUUACAUGGUGUGUAAGUGACUUGUGACUGUGCACCUUAGUCUUUUAGAUUCCACUUUACCACUGUAACACUGUUGCAUUGGAUUUGUGACCUGCAGGAAUUUUACUAACCUGCUCAUGAAGUGUCAUAACAUUUGUCUACAUGUCUAGAGGUAUUAUGUUAUUGUAAUAUUUUUGUGGCGUGCUAAACUGGUUGAUUGUAUCGAUGAAAAUGAUUUUAAGUGUGUUGAACGAUCUUACAGUGCUCAGAUUUUUUGACUUUUCGAACACAUCUGACAAACAAAUUUAAUGCCAUUUAUUCAAAUUCACAAGCGUAGGGGUAAAAUAAAUGGAUGUCUUUUUUUUUUUUUUUUGUGCGGUUAUGUCUCAUUUUGAUGUAUUUAGUAUGAAGAUUGUUACAGAAGGCAGCAAAGUAGGUAAAGAGUACGUCUGUAGCACUUUCUUAUUUGAUGUCACACCCCUCAAGGUCUGCUUAGUUAACAUGAUUUGCGUUUUGUUCUGAGUGGACAGUUUUAAUUUGGAUUUGGUUGAAGUGGAUUAUGUGGCAGUCAACAUAAGAUGAAAAAUAAUGCCUUGAUGCCUUUCUGUUGUCUCCCAAUAGGAAGACUUUAAUGUUACAUGUAUAUAUUAUAUUUAUAAUGAAAUUAAUAAACUAUCAGAGUAAUCAUUA